GACAUCACCAACCAACCACGGAAGAAGAGCCGACGUCAACAACAGAGGCAAAAAGAAGAAGAAGGACUGUAUCUGUAGCAAUGGCGGUGAUUUGGCUGCAAAAAUAAACAACUCAGGUUGCAAUAGGAAGCUGUCGUGAUUAUCUGAAGUAAUCGAAUGUCAUAGCGAGGCGUUCAAGGUCUCUGUUGCAGAAAGGAAACAUCUAUUGGUUGAUGCUCAGCAGCAGCUGAAGGAGCAGCCAUCCUCUCGUUGUUGAGCAGCUCUGUAUAUUAACUUCUUGGUGUCGUCUCUCUGAGCAUUAACGAUGCCGCUGGGUCUGAAGCCGUGCUGUGCUGUCUGCAAGACGAACUCCUCGUCCAUGUGGAAGAAGGGCAACCAGGGAGAGAUCCUCUGCAACAGCUGCACAGGGAAGAGCUGCAGCGGAGCAUCAGGAGCCUCCAUGUCCUCCAGCAUCCAGCCCAGCAAUGGAGGGGGGAAACAGUCCAAGCAGGAGAUCCACAGGAGGUCUGCACGGCUGAGAAGCACCAAAUACAAAGCUCCUGCAUCUGAGAAGAAGGUGUCGACAAAAGGAAAGGGGAGAAGACACAUAUUCAAACUCAAAAAUCCAAUUAAAGCACCAGAAUCGGUUGCAACAAUCAUCACGUCAGAGUCAGUAUUUUAUAAGGGUGUAUACUACCAGACAGGAGACGUGAUCAAGGUAACGGAUGAGGAAGACGGGAAGCCGUACUAUGCUCAGAUUCGAGGCUUCGUGCAGGACCAGUACUGUGAAAAGAGUGCUGCGCUGACCUGGUUAAUCCCCACACAGGCUAGCCCAAAGGACCUGUUUGAUCCUGGGACAUACAUUGUUGGUCCAGAGGAGGAUCUGCCCAGAAAGAUGGAGUACCUGGAGUUUGUGUGUCACGCCCCCUCUGAAUACUUCAAGUCCCGGAGCUCUCCGUUCCCCACCAUCCCCAUCCGGCAGGAAAAGGGCUACAUCUGGACCCACAUAGGACCCACACCAGCCAUCACUGGCAAAGAGUCUGUCAGUGGCAGCAGUUAACACAACUGUCAUAUGGACUUAGUCUGUUGCUUUUUAAACAGGCAUAUGUACAUUUAUGUAAUAUAAUGAACACAGAAAUGGUUAACCACAGCCAGUACUUGUAAGUUGAUACAUAGGAAACCAGUUGUAAUGUCAAACAAGUUGUUAACAUAUUACUUUUUUAUUUAGUUAUAAACAAAAAGCUCUUUUACACCAUCCCUUUUGUCUGUGAUUUUUUUUUUAAGAAAAUGUAAUUUACUUGAGAUAUAUUGAGUUGUGUGGGCAAUAGAAAACAUGACUUAUUUUAUCCCCUUUUUAUUUUACUUUCCCUUUUGUGAAUUAAGCUGUAAACAGCUCAAUUAUGGCAACAAUAAGGUAAUGUUUGCAAAGUUAAGGUGUCAUGAGUGUUAAAAGUGUCAAAGCACAAUGCACUGCAGUACAACGCAGAUUUGAUGCGUUUGUCGUUCCAGCAUCCUCUUGAUUUUUACAUCAUGUACAGCUGAGUUGUAUGAUGAUACUCUA